AUGGAGGGAAGCCAAGGAGCUAAAUUACCACAUUUCCUGCUACUACCAUACCCAAUCCAAGGCCACAUAACCCCCAUGGUCAAGCUUGCUCACAAGCUCCUCCGCCAUGGAAGCAGAGUCACCUUCCUCACUACAGAGUUCGCCCACUCGCGGAUGAAGAAGGCGGCUUCGGGUCGUGACCACACGCACCACCGCAAUUUCAGGAUAUUGUCGGUCUCCGACGGACUUCCUGCACAACAUGAACGCAAAGACGAGAUUGAAGUCGGGCAGAGUUUCUCCAGAGCAAUGCCUGCUCACUUACAUGCCUUUCUCAGCAGCAGCAGCAGUAAUAAUAAGGUCAUUAAUCAGGAGGAGAUAAUCAGUUGUGUCGUGGCUGAUUCUGUUAUGUUAUGGGCGGUGGAGAUUAGUAAGAGAUUUGGGAUCAAGACUGCUGUGCUCUUUGUUUCUUCUCCUGGGAACCUGUCCAUGGUGCUCCAAAUACCUAAGCUCAUUCAAGCUGGAAUCAUUGACCCUGAAAACGGCAGUCCGAGAAAAGCAGAGGAAAUGGAAAUAUCUCCAAACCUGCCCAAACUAAGGAGCCGGGAUUACACGUGGAACAUCCCAGGAGACGACGAAUUAAUGAAAAAGAUGGUCUUCUACGCCAUGACCCUCGUCAACCGCAGCCUACGGGCCGCUGACUGGGUCCUAUGCAACUGGUUCUCCCAACUCGACCCUUCGGCCCACGCUUUGCUACCAGGCCCAACCACCCUCCUCCCUGUAGGCCCAUUGCUAAUGCUCUCGGGCGAGACUUCCCAAGGAGGAAACCUCUGGGCCGAGGACUCCACCUGCCUAUCGUGGCUCGAUGCGCACCCACCCGGUUCAGUCGUCUACGUCGCAUUCGGCAGCACAACCAAGUUCAACCGAGCCCAGGCCCAGGAGCUAGCCAUGGGCCUUGAGCUCUUGGCCCGGCCAUUCCUCUGGGUUGUCCGGCCAGGCCUGAUCGAGGACGACAACGAUGGAGGUGGGUUCAUGAACAGCAAGAUGGGAAAGGUGGUGGGAUGGGCGCCUCAGGAGAGAGUUCUGGACCACCCUUCGGUGGCUUGUUUCUUGACCCACAGCGGCUGGAACUCUGUCGUGGAAGGGAUCGGCUUCGGGGUUCCGCUGCUUUGCUUGCCGUAUCGCGGGGAUCACUUCUACAUAAGGACUUGUGUUUGUGAAGGGUGGAAAGUGGGGAUGGAGCUGAAUCCGGAUGACGGUGGGAUUGUGACGAGGGAUGAAGUCAAGAGAAAAGUUGAGGAUUUGUUGCGUGAUGAUGAAAUCAAGGCUAGUGCGUUGAUGUGGAAAGAGUUGGCUCAAGCUAGUGCCACGGAAGGAGGGCUUUCAGAUCAAAUAUUGGCGGAUUUUGUCUGUAAGAUGACGACAGUAUGA